CAUCAAAUAAAUACCCGAAUGUACAUGACCCAGUGGUCAGUCUUAAAAUUAUAAAAGACGUGUAGCAACUACACCCUUAGUUACCAGACUGAAUUGGUAGAGACGCGAGUACAGUAUUGUAGUGCAAAAAUAUUACAGAAAAUUAAUUCUCCGCGAUCUGCAAUGCACUUGCAACAGAAGUCACGUUGCAACGAUUUAGCGCCAGGUGGCAGCAGUACUUUUCCCAUUACAGUUCAUUAUCCUGCACAUGAAAAAUGACCACGUUGUUUCUAAUAUAUACCCUCGCUCUGGUUACAAUCCCUCCUACCUCCUUCUCUUCUUACAGUGGAUCUAUCUAUCUUCCAUUCACAUCACAGUCUCUGUCAGUAUCAGAUAAAGCGCUAUCAUGGCGCAAACUGGGGCAUCUCUUUCUCCUAAGAGGCGCCUGUCCGCGCACCUCUACUUCUGUGUGGUGUGGGCUUCGGCGUGGAUGUCUUUGCUGGAUCCCGUGCAGGGUGAGAGCGGUGUUUUGAAACGCACAAGCGGGGCAGGGAUUCCUGAUAGUAGCGGCGGUGUGUUGAGGAGAAGCUUUGCUAACAAUGAUGGAGAUGCUGCUGGUAUGGGAGCCUCGCGCUUCAGGAGAGCCCUGUCCCAAGAUAAAGUCGCUCUGCUCAGCAGUUCGUUCGUGCUCAAAGGAGAUGCAACCCAUAACCAAGCAAUGGUGCACUGGACAGGAGAGAACAGCAGUGUUAUUCUUAUCCUGACCAAAUAUUACCAUGCAGACUCAACCAAGGUUCUGGAGAGUUCCCUGUGGAGGUCUAGUGAUUAUGGAACAACUUAUACCAAGUUGAACCUGAUGCCUGGUACCACAAUUGUUGUCACCAACUUUUACAUCUGCCCCACCAACAAGAAAAAGAUCAUCCUGGUCAGCUCUUCUAUCAAUGAGCGGGAUCAGAUGCUGUUCAUAAGCACAGAUGAGGGAGCCAGCUUUCAGCGACAGCCUCUCUCCUUCACCGUCGAGACUCUCCUUUUCCAUCCGAAAGAAGAGGACAAAGUGCUUGCCUACAGCAAAGAGAAAAAGCUCUAUGUUUCUACGGACCUGGGAAGGAAAUGGACUUUGCUGCAAGAAAGAGUAACAAAGGAUCGUUUUUUCUGGUCUGUGGCAGGAGUUGAUACUGAUCCUGACCUGGUCCAUAUGGAAAUGCAGGACACCAGUGGAGGUUUCCUGUAUGUGACCUGUUUGAUUCAGAACUGCUCUGACAAAAUGGUAACAGCCCAAUUCCUUGGCAAGAUUGAUGAAAACUCACUGACUGUGCAGGAUGAUUAUAUAUUUGUGAAGGUAACCACUGGAAAUCGAACCAAGCACUACGUCUCUUACCGACGAAAUGAAUUUGUACAGAUGAGAUUCCCAAAAUAUGCUUUACCAAAGGAUGUGCAGAUCAUCAGUACAGACGAGAACCAGGUGUUUCUUGCUCUUCAGGAGUGGUACCAGACCGACACUUACAACCUCUACCAAUCAGACCCACAAGGUGUCUAUUACUCCAUUGUGCUUGAGAACGUCAGGAGCACCAAGCAGCCGGAAGAAAAUGUUCUAAUUGAUAUUUUAGAGGUUCGUGGAAUUAAAGGGGUGUUCCUGGCUAAUCGGAAAGUGGAUGGGAAGGUAACAACUGUCAUCACUUACAACAAAGGUCGAGACUGGGACUACCUCAUUCCCCCUGCAGUAGACAUGAACAGCAAGCCUGUCAACUGCAAACCGCCAGACUGUCACCUCCACCUUCACCUGCGCUGGGCAGACAACCCUUAUGUGUCUGGAACAGUGCACACCAAGGACUCUGCACCUGGACUAAUCAUGGGAGCUGGCAACUUAGGCUCCCAGUUGGUGGGGUAUAAGGAAGAAAUGUAUAUUACUUCAGACUGUGGGAAAUCUUGGAGACAGGUUUUUGAGGAGGAACACCAUAUUCUGUAUCUUGAUCAUGGAGGAGUCAUAAUAGCCAUUAGGGACAGCUCCAUCCCACUCAAAAUACUCAGGUUCAGCAUAGAUGAAGGGCGUACAUGGACUACCCACAACUUCACCAGCACUUCAGUAUUUGUGGAUGGUCUUCUUAGUGAACCUGGAGAUGAAACCCUUGUCAUGACGGUCUUUGGCCAUAUGAGUUAUCGGUCAGACUGGGAGCUGGUGAAGGUGGAUUUCCGCCAGUCUUUUCCCAGGCAGUGUACUGAGGCAGACUAUGAUCCUUGGAAGCUAACAAAUUUGCAGGGAGAGAUGUGUAUCAUGGGGCAAGAGAGAAGUUAUCGAAAGAGAAAAGACUCAUCAUAUUGUAUCAAGGGAAAGAGCUUCACGUCUGUUCUAACAUCCAAACCCUGCCAAUGCACGGAAAAGGAUUUUAAUUGUGACUAUGGCUUUGAAAGGGCCGCUAGCCUGAAGUCUGAAGGGGACAGGUGCUUUGCUGAUUUCUGGCAUGACCCCAGCUCUCCACCUUACGACUGUGUUUUAGGGCAGAGCUUUUUCUCCAGCACUGGCUACAGAAAGGUGGUGUCUAAUGUCUGUGAAGGUGGAGUCAACAAACAGCAGAGUUCCAAGCAGCACACCUGCCCUUUGCUGCCCCCUAGAGGUUUACAGCUUGGAAUCAAGGGCGAGUCUCUGGCUGUGGGUCCUGGUGAUGACAUCACCUUCGUUGUCAGGCAGGAGCAGGGAGAUACUACAAAUACGAAGUACCAGGUGGACCUUGGUGAUGGAGUGAGAGCUAUCUACAGAAACCUGACUGUGACAGACGAGCCGAUUCAGCACCGAUAUGAGAAACCAGGCAUCUACCGGGUCACAGUGAAGGCAGAGAAUCCAGCAGGGCAUGAUGAGGCUGUGGUCUAUAUUCAAGUCAACUCCCCCCUACAAGAAGUCCAUUUAGAAGUUGUUCCUAUUGCCGGAAGGAACAAGGAGGUGAACCUGACAGCAUCAGUCCUUCCUGCAACUGCAAAUUUAACAGUCUUCUAUUGGUGGAUCGGGGAUAACCUGCAGCCUAUUCUUACUUUAGAGAACAGUCUGAUAACCAUGUUCUCUGAAACUGGGAAUGUGUCAGUCACUGUGCAGGCAUCAAAUGGACGUUCAAUGGUCCAGGACACCAAAACAGUUUGUGUAUUCGAUCAAUUUGAGGUUAUUCCACUCAAAUUCAGCAAAACUCUGGACACUAUCAACCCAAAUAUUCCAGAAUGGAGAGAUGAUAUUGGGCAGGUGGUUACAAAAAUCCUAGCAACGGUCACAGAUAUUCCGCAGGAGUCCUUGGUUACCAUGGUGAAGCCUGGCCUCCCAACAGCAGCUGAUCUGUAUGUGCUUCCACCUGAGAAUAAAUCCGACAAGAGAAAUGCACCUGUUGAUAAGAGAAUCGCGACAAUAAAGCAAACCUUCAAUGAGAACAACGUUAGCUUUAUUGUGAGAGGAGGCUUGAUAGUGCUGGUAAAUCUGGCAGACCCUGAUCCAGGCUCUGGGAGGGGCACAGCAGGACCAGGGGUCUGGGCUCUGGCAGUGAUAUUUGUGAUCAGCCUUGUGGCCGUUGGUGCUUUCAUUUUGUACAAAUUCAAAAGAAAACUUCCUGGCAGAAAUGUAUAUGCCCAGAUGCACAAUGAGAAGGAACAGGAAAUGACCAGUCCUGUAAAUCACAGUGAAGACACCCAGAAUAUCAUCCAGGGGGAGGAAUUUAUUGAUGACGACCUUGACUCACAAACCCUAGGUAACGCAGGAGGUAAUCACUCUGGUGUGGUCCUGAGUAUAAACUCCAGAGAGCUGCACAGCUACCUAACAAGCUGAUGGUCAAAGACCAAGCAAACUGCACAGACUCCUCUCUAUAUUUUAUUACACAGCCUCAGAUCUUAAGCAGAAGGAAGAAAGCAGCUGAAUCUCAGUUUAUACCACAGCAGCAAGUCAUCUUUUCCAAGUUAAAGGACUGUGUAUUUUACACCUUCUGAGGAAAUGAAAAGAGUGGACUCCAAACAGCACUUAACGUAAAGGGUCUCAGUGACUUAACCUGUAAUCGCCCUUUGUAGCAACAACUCAAGGCACACCUUGCUUUAAUCUUUUAAUCUAACAUCCUGUCAACUUUCAUAUCCAGUUUGCUUUCCUUUGUUUGUUACUAAGUUGACUGUUGACAGCACAUUAUUUUUAUUAUUUGUCCUUGUUUAGUCACAGGGAGAAGAGGCCAAUACUUAAAAAGAAGGAACUCCGUAAAUUCUCAAAAGAUGUUCUUUGGCUCUAUGCACUAAAUUCCAGUGGUUUACAUGUAUAAAAUCAUUUCUGACCAACUGACGUAUACUCAAGAUUAGAUCAUUUCUACGUUUCGAGAUAACCAAACAGGGCACCAAGAAUAAUAAGACAAAUGCACAAUGAGAUGCUGCAUUGUGCUGUACAUCCUGUAAAUUUGAUAAGACAUUCAAGUCUUAAGCAAGAUUAAAUAUAAAGAACCUUGUCUUGCCUAUGUUGUGCUCCAUUUAUUAAUAUACUAUCCUACUUGAUAAAUAUCUUACAAGACAAAUUCAUGGAGUAGACAUAAGCAACACAAAUAUGUAAACUUUAAACUCUACUGCUUGUUGUGUCUAUAAAAUAACAAGUAGUGUUAUUCCUAGUUCUUUUUUAAUGGGUUUCACUGUGUGUAUACAUAAUAGUAUUUGAUUUGUCAAAUCUAUCUCCAUUUUACAUUGCUGAUUAUGCAGUGGAAUCUAAUCCAGUUUCUAGUUUGCAUUUCACAUAUUUGCCAAAACCAACACCUUAAAAUGUUCCAGAACUAAAAACACUUUUUUAAGUUUUAAAACAUUAGUUUAAGUUUACUAUUUACAAACAUGUACUGUAUGUUUUUCAACCAAAAAUGUCAGCCCUAAAAUAGUAUUUCAAAGAAAUGCAUUUGGUUUUUACUUAAUUUUCACAUUUUGUUGCAACAUAUAGUACACCCUAAACUACAAAUGUUUUAUUCUUCAGUAGAGUGCAAAACACUAUAUUGAAUUUGCUUGAGUGUAUUUUCCUGAAUCCGCAUACAUUAGUUAGCUUUAUACAGUAUUCUCACUGUGCUGGUGCAUUCUAAGAAUCUUUUAUGACUUUAUUUUUGUAGAAAUACUGCAAUGAAUUGAAAAAGUGUAUUGAAGCCACAAUACCUUCUUCAAAUGCAUCUGGUCUUCCUAUUAAGUACACAUAAUACUAACAUGGAAACUCUUGUUAUAAGAGGUGAGGAAAAAUACAAUUUCUUCAAUAGUUUGCAUUUACUGUAUGUAAACACUGGCACAUCAUAACUCACACUCUAUAAUACUGUAUCUCAAGUAACAUUAAUUCCUCCAAAAAAGUUAGCUUAUUUGUAUUUAAUGUACAGUGUUUCAAUGAUAAUGCAUUUUAAAUAUUUUAUUUUGGAAACAUAAUAACAUUGAAAUGUGUUUAUGUCACAAACAACACAAAAUAUAUUAUUUCCUUGAACUUUGACAGUACUUACCCAAUCUGUAAAGAUAUGGUAAGUAGCAUCAUAGUUAUAAUGCCAAAAAAAAAUACUUUAAGUGUGCUCAUUUUAGUCGAUUGGGUAAGAUGAAUGAAAUUGUUAAAUAAAUGGGUCUCAAUAACUCUGAAUGAAAGUUUCAAACACUGAUUAUGAAUUUCUGAUUUUCUGGGAGGAUGUGAACUGACAGAACACCAUGAUAAAUAUGGUUAUUCCCAUUAUGGGUUUCAAAUGUUAACAUUUUGUGUGAGGUAUGAUAAUCAGCAAAAGAAUUACAUUUUAUUUCACAGAAGUUGUGGUUUCAAUAGAGCCUAUAUUAGGCAGUCAAAUGCUGAGAUGUUCCCUUUAAUUGUUUUUGUAUAUUUAAAUAGUACACAUUUAUAUAUCCAUAUUAUUCUAAAUGUACACAUCAACACCAGAACAGUCCCACAGAUGCUUUUCACAAUGUUUUUAAAUAACUUUUUCCACUUUCACAAUAGAACAACAGCUCAUAUUUAUUUGUGGAAUUGUCAUUGAGACAUUGGAGGUUAGGCUUCACUUGAAAAUACUCAACAGUUGGUCACAUAUUAGAAGGACUGAAAAAUGGAACAAACAUAAAAACUGUAGAAGGCUUCCACUCAUUUUUCAUGUUUUUUUAAAUAUUUCUAUUAACAGUAAUCAAAGUGGUACUCCUGUUGGCAGUACUGUAAAUGUAUUAUUCAUUUAGCUUGAAGCUAAACAGAAAGGGAAAGCUCACAACUGUAAACAUCAAUUGUAGAAAUUAAAUUAAUAUACAGUACAAUUGUAAUUUAAACUGUACAGACAACACAAGAAGAGUAUACAUCACAAUAAAUAUAUUCUUCAAAGUUGUACUGAACGUAUUUUAGAAAUAUCCUACUAAUUCUGACCAAAAUUUUAUUGAUUAAAAACACUAGCUUCUAUCUCAGAGAUUUUGCGCUGCUUCAGGCCACAAGCUUAAUAAAUCACAUCAAUCUCUCAGUGUUGUGUACCACGAACCCUGGUCCACUUAUGUGUACCAAAGACUGCAGUUGCCAUGAUGUCUUAUCAUUAACAUAAGUAGAAUCAGUUUCACCACUCAGUUCUUAGAGUAAAACUUAAAGUGGUCAAAUUGCACUAUUAGCUUCAUUCUAAAAAUUGAAGGAUGUGUAAUUAACAGGCUUCCAUGUCCAAUUCAGGCUAUGCUGAGGUGUUUUCUUUAAAGUCUCAUUUCCUUCAUGCUGGCCUUAAAACAAAGAACAAAUAUUUAAUUGGCCACUUCUAGUAGUGUCUUGAAUAAGUCUGCAGUACGUUGUACUGUACUUUGUGGUAAGUCCUUACUUGUACAUCUUUUGUACAUAUGCACAUGUUGGCUUGUUAUUAGUUUUUUAGUGAUGUAAUGUUUGUAAAUUUUUUUGGGUGGUCAAAAAAGAUAUAUUUGUUGACACAGAGUAUGUGAAUUUGACUGCACAGUUUAUUCUUAAUGUUUUCAGUAAAUGUUUGGAUACUCAACAAAACAGUGCAUAUAACCAAGUGUCCAGCAUAGACACAUUACUUCCUCACUGUAUAGAUUUGUUCUAAUUUGAUCUGCUCAAUAAAGACUAAACAUUCCUCAGAAAUCAAAAACUUGCAAAUGUGGUGCUUACUCUACUGUAUACAGGACAUACCUGUGCUCUGUGUUGCAUCUAAAGGUGUUCUUUGAUUUUCCAACUUUCACUUCAAACUGUAUUAAAUAAAACUGGAUUCAAACUUUUUAGAAAUUCUUC